UUCCAUGUCUACCUUGUUGCUGUUGUACUUGUCAUUCAGACAUCCCAGGAAUCCAUCACGACUAGGAUCAAGCCAGCUCGGCACAACGAGGACAUUUUAAGUUAAAAACACGUCCUUGUCGCCGAGAAAGGUCAAGGAAAUAUCGUUUUUUUUUGUCAAAAUAGGAAAAGUGUCGAGGACCGCGGCAGCUACGGACACUGCGGCAUGCAGAUGUGAGGUCAGACAUCAGAGACACCUGCAACCCUGGACUGAGUGACAGCCUCUUCAUACCCUUCAUCGUCAUCAUACAUGCUCUUACAUGAAGAGAGGGGAGAAACCCGAAGGAUACAGACAGAUGAGACCCAAAACAUUCCCCGCCAGCAACUACAGCGGCAACAGCCAGCAUAUGCUGCAGGAAAUUCGGAACAGUCUGCGCAACUUGUCCAAACCCUCUGACCCACCUAAAGUUGACGUUGGUGGACCUGGAAAAAUGCCUUCUGAGGACCCAAGGCAACAAGGGCGCUCCAGCAACCCCAAACACCCCUACCAUAAAGCCUUACAGGAGAUCCGCAAAUCCCUGUUGCCAUUUGCUAAUGAGCCCAGUAUUUCAGGCCCUGAGACAAACAAACACAUGUCGCUUGAACCCCCUUGUGCUGGGUUCGAAGAGGGCAACAGUCGCAGUGUGGGGGCAGUUAUAGACUACAUGGGUAAGGUGAGCUACCAGGACUCAAUGAGGGAACAGAUUGCUGUGACCAACCCAAACACUACAGGUCUGAAAGCCCCAGGGUCUUCUCAUAUUCAGCAGGCUGUGCUGAGGAGGCCGAGCUGGAAAGGUUCUAAGGAGUCUUUGGCUCCUCGACACGGUCCUCUCAUGGUGGAUGGAAUGAUGUACCGCUCAGACAGCCCCGGACCUCCUCCUGCUUUCCCACAGGGUCACCCUAACGGCCAGAGAGUUAAUCCUCCACUGCCACCUCAGGUGCGCAGUGUUACACCUCCACCAAACCGCGGUGCCUUGACUCCUGCACCGUCCUGGGACAGCAACCCAUCAACCAAGCGCUACUCUGGCAACAUGGAUUACCUUGUGCCCCGCAUCUCUCCGGUACCCCAGGGGGCCAGGCCUGAUGGAUACCAAGCUGCAGCCCCACAGAAUCAGCGUGGGAUCAGCCCAGUGCCUGUGGGCCACCAGCCCAUCAUAAUGCAAAGCUCUGGGGGGAAUAAGUUCACCUUCCCCUCCAGCUGGUCUCAGAAUGGCUCACCUCAGCCAGACUACAUGGCUGGAGGCAGCAGACAGCCUCCUCCCCCGUACCCGGUCAACCAGAGCAGCCGGCACAGUCCUACUGACCAGCAGAUGCAGGCAGGAGGACCUGCAUCGUCCCCUUCUUACGUCAACGGUGGAAACAUCCCUCAAUCCAUGAUGCUUCCCAACCGAAACAGUCACAACCUUGACAUGUACAAUAUAGGUCCUCCUCAGUCCUGGUCCCAGGCUCCUAUGGCCUCCAACCAGCCCCAGUCUUCUUCGGGCAACAGCAGCAACCAGGAUCUGUCCCCGUCAUGGCAGCACAACGUGCCGGUCCGCUCUAAUUCCUUCAAUAACCACCAGCUGAGCGGCAGAUCGGCCCACACAGCCAGCUCCCAGCCCUCUGCCACCACGGUCACUGCCAUCACACAGGCUCCCAUCCUGCAGCCAGUCAAAAGCAUGCGUGUCCAGAAACCUGAGUUACACACUGCCGUCGCUCCCACACACCCCCCUUGGAUGCAGCAGGCUCCACCACCUCCAGCUGCACCCGCUUACCCAGAACCCUCAAACCCUGUGCCUCAGAUCUCUGUUGUAGCAGAAGCCCCUAGCUACCAAGGCCCCCCUCCCCCUUAUCCUAAGCAUCUUCUCCCGCAGCAGGCUGCCCCUUCCCCCCCUGCCUAUGAUCCAGGGGCCAAUAAGCUCUGCACAAGCAGAGAGGAGCCCACUGAAGAGGAGAGCUGCAGUGGUGACAGCUCUCGAGAAAAGAUGACAGAAACCCCCGAAAGCACUGCAGCAACAGAAAAGGAGAAUAAGCAAAUCACAACAUCGCCUGUUCCUGUCCGCCGUAACAAGAAAGACGAAGAACGGAGAGGGGAGAUGGGAAGAAUUGCACUGUACUCCCCUCAGGCCUUCAAGUUCUUCAUGGAGCAACAUGUGGAGAAUAUCCUAAAGAACCAUCAGCAGAGGAUUCGGAGGAGGAAGCAGCUGGAAUGUGAGAUGCAAAGGGUGGGUUUGUCUUCAGAAGCUCAGGAGCAGAUGCGCAUGAUGCUCUGUCAGAAAGAAUCCAAUUACAUCCGGUUAAAGAGGGCCAAGAUGGAUAAAUCCAUGUUCAAACGAAUCAAGACCCUCGGCAUCGGAGCCUUCGGCGAGGUGUGCUUGGCCAGAAAGGAGGACACAGGAGCGCUGUACGCCAUGAAAACGCUCCGCAAGAAGGAUGUGCUGCUGAGAAACCAGGUGGCCCACGUCAAGGCUGAGAGGGACAUCCUGGCUGAGGCAGAUAACGAGUGGGUGGUGCGUCUCUACUACUCUUUCCAAGACAAGGACAACCUGUACUUUGUCAUGGAGUACAUCCCCGGGGGGGACAUGAUGAGCCUUCUUAUCCGGCUCGGCAUCUUCAAAGAAGAGCUGGCCCAAUUUUACAUCGCGGAGCUCACCUGCGCUGUGGAGAGCGUCCACAAGAUGGGCUUCAUCCACCGAGACAUCAAGCCUGAUAACAUCCUCAUAGACAGAGACGGACACAUAAAGCUGACGGACUUCGGCCUUUGCACUGGCUUCCGCUGGACACAUGACUCUAAGUAUUACCAGAGUGGUGACCAUGUGAGGCAGGACAGCAUGGACUUCAGUAAAGACUGGGAAGACCCAGGCAACUGCCGCUGUUCAGACCGGCUGAAGCCUCUGGAGAGGAGAAAGGCCCGGCAGCACCAGCGCUGUCUGGCUCACUCACUGGUGGGGACGCCCAACUACAUAGCACCAGAAGUGCUGCUCCGAACAGGAUACACCCAGCUCUGUGAUUGGUGGAGCGUGGGUGUGAUCUUGUAUGAAAUGGUUGUUGGACAGCCUCCCUUCUUAGCGACCACACCCCUGGAGACACAGCUGAAGGUGAUAAACUGGAAAAGCAUGCUGCACAUUCCCCCUCUGGCCAAGCUCAGCCCGGAGGCGUCCGAUCUCAUAGUUAAACUGUGCCGCGGCCCCGAGGACCGCCUCGGCAAGAACGGUGCAGACGAAAUCAAAGCUCAUCCUUUCUUUAAGACCAUCGACUUCUCCAGUGACCAGCGGCAGCAAGUGGCGCCCUACAUCCCAACAAUCGCUCACUCCACAGACACCUCCAACUUCGACCCUGUGGACCCAGAUAAACUGUGGAGCAGCGACGACGGCGAGAACAACCACAAUGACACUCUCAACUGCUGGUUCCGCAACGGCAAACACCCUGAACACGCCUUCUACGAAUUCACCUUCCGCCGCUUCUUCGACGACAACGGCCACCCGUACAGCUGCCCCAAACCCAUCGAGUAUGAGGGUUAUGAUGAGGACGAGGCGGACUCAGAGGGCCAGGCGCAGGAGGCAGCCAGUAGCUCAGCGACUCAGGGCAGAGACCUGGUCUACGUUUAGCUUCUGAGGCCCUUUGAACUGCUUGUACAUAACAAGUUCAUGGAGGAUGUUAGAGUGUGUGUGUGUGUGUGUGUGGGAGGGGGGACUGCAUCGGUACAGCAUUAAAAUCCUUGAUAUAGGAAAACAUGUUUUUAUGAGCAGUCAGCACACAGUCACCUUAGGAGACUGUGAUUUCCAAACCAUGAGUUCACACUGCAAUUUAAAAGGACUAGUUAGGCAUUUUGGAAAAACAUGUUUAUUUGCUUUCUUGCAGAGAGUUCAAUGAGAAGAUCGAUACCACUCUCAUGUUUGUGCAGUAAAUAUGAAGCUACAGCCAGUAGCUGGUUUACAUAGCAAAAACUGAUAAUGAGACAACGGUUAGUCCAGAACAUAAUUCCUAUGAAACUAUGUGUUUUUGUGUGGAUUAAACAAGAUGUAAGGUGUUAAUUAAUGAGCUUUAGAGCGCUGAUAGUAAAAUUUUCCCAGUUUCCAGUCUUUGUGCUAAGCUAAGCUGACCUGCUUUAUAUUUACCGUACAUAAAAUAUCCAACUCUGGGCAAGAAAGCAAAUUUUCACAAAAUGUUGAACUAUCUUUUAAUAUUUGAAAGGUACACUGUAUGAUGUGUGCUGCCUGAAAAUCAGGAACAGGAAGCAGAAGAAAUCAGGGUGCUCUCUCUUUGACAACUCAUCCCCCCUCCCCCUAAAGCCUUAAUUUAUUUAAGAAAAGUGUAACUGCUGAUGCUAGUGUGUAGAUGCUGUUUGAGUGUGGGAAUUCUUGUUGGAAUUACAUUUACUGGUUUAAAAAAAAAUAUCAUAAUUUAUAUUUUAAUGUCUGUUGCAAUGGGGAUUUAGUAUUGCGACUCAUAGAAAUGUGCAGGGAUAAAUUGCUCUAAUUAUUAAUUGCUGUGCCUUUUUUGAUCUUUUGUUGUAUCUUUCACCAAAUAUAAAGAGGGUUUGACUGGCAUUUUAAAAUGAGUAGUAGUAGUAGCUGUUUGAACUACAGUAGGUAUUUUGUUUUUAUUUUUCUAAUUUAUACCUAAAAUGUAUUUAUAAAUUAAGUUGUAUACAGUUGAUGUAAAUAUUUUUCUCUUCCCUGUCAGCUGAUUUUGUUUAUUUUAUCUUAGGGCAGGCCCUCAUCAGUGUCCACUGUUGCUGCCUUCUGUUAAUGUUGUUUGCUUCUCUGUCUAUAGUACACCCAAAAUACCCACAACACUAAUUCACAGGACUCUAAAUAGAUUCAAUUCCUUUUGUAAAACUAAACGUCUUUCGUCGCCAUAGAGUUCCUGCUCGUCUCUCAACCAAAGCACUAAAUAGGUGGGUUUGUUUUAGUUUUUUGCAAUAACCCACGUUUAGAUCACAAGACCAUGAAAUUAGUUUUUGUGGUGUUAUUACACUAUCAAGCAGAAAUGCCUUGCUUUUAGGCAUCAAACCACUACAUCCUGUAGUGCUCCACAUUGUGUCCAAGGAGCUGUGAGAGGUUUUCUUACUUCUCGUCUGUGAGAAACGCUACAACUGUCGUGUGUCGAGUUUUUUGUGCCUCUGUACCGAUUUAAAAAAAAACAACAACAUAAGAAACUUGAUUGUUGGACAGACAGUGGAGAGAUCUGCUCUCCAUCACGUAUGAUGGUUUUGUAACCCCGCUGUACUUUUCUUUGUGUUUAGGAAAAGAUCUCUGAAUGUAGUUAUGGACUUAAAGGUGACCACUGGCAUUCUGCACUGGUUUUGUGUUUUCAUUGUAAGUGAGAGAAUUUUAUUUUUGAGUACAUUAUUGCUCUGGGAGGUUUGAUACAGGGAAGAGGGUAAUGAAUAAACAAUGUCAAGCACAUACA